AUGACGUUUCGGCUCACCACCUGGAAUGUCAACGGCAUCAGGAAUCCUUUUGGUUAUCAACCAUGGAGGGAGAAGAGAACCUUCCAAGCUAUGUUCGAUAUCCUUGAAGCGGAUAUCGUUGUCAUACAAGAGACUAAAAUCCAACAAAAAGAUUUGCGAGAUGACAUGGUUCUCGUCCCUGGAUGGGAUGUCUUCUUCAGCUUACCCAAACAUAAAAAGGGAUAUUCUGGCGUCGCCAUCUACACACGCAACUCUACCUGUACUCCGAUCCGAGCUGAAGAAGGCGUCACUGGUAUUUUGACACCUCCAAAAUCUACGACUAGAUAUCGCGACCUCCCAGAACAUCAGCAGAUAGGCGGCUAUCCCCGUCCUGGUCAGCUCGAUGGCAUUAUUGAUGAAGCAACUCUGGACUCCGAAGGCCGUUGCGUGAUACUUGAAUUUCCAGGCUUUGUACUCCUUGGCGUUUACAGUCCUGCAAACCGCGACGAAACCCGUGACGACUUUCGCGUUGGUUUCUUCCAAGCACUUGAUGUUAGGAUACGAAACCUAAUCGCUGUAGGGAAACAAGUCAUCCUCACAGGCGAUUUAAACGUCGUUCGCUCUGAAAUGGACUCGACCAACGUUGCAGAAACACUCCGCAAAGAAAAUAUUGAUCUUAGUGACUGGAUGAAUAUGCCUGUCCGACGCAUCUUCAACCAGCUUAUCUUUGAAGGGAGUGUGCUGGGCGCGAGAGAUCAAGGGCGCGAAUCUCCUGUCCUUUGGGAUCUUUGUCGCUGCUUUCACCCUGAACGAGUUGGCAUGAACACCUGCUGGGAUACAAAACGCAACACGCGACCAGCUAACAAUGGCAGUCGGAUCGACUACGUCUUAUGCAGCAACGGUAUCAAAAGCUGGUUCAACUUCUCAAAUAUUCAGGAGGGCUUGAUGGGGUCCGAUCAUUGCCCAGUCUUUGCCACAUUCACGGACAAGGUGAUGGUCGCUGACGAAGAACGUGCCCUACUGGAAAUGAUGAACCCUCCUGGCAUGUUUCAGGGCGAGAGGCGCCUUCGGGAUUGGAGUGCUAAAGACCUACUUCCUUUGUCUGCAAAGCUGAUACCAGAAUUCGAUCGACGGCAGAGUAUCCGCGACAUGUUCACAAAGAAAGCUACUUCAGUCGCCCCUCCACCAGCGUCUGCUGGCUUGGGCGUUGCUGCAAAGUCUUCAGUGAAUGGAGAUUGCAGCACCGAAGAGGUCGCGGAUAAUUUUGAUGGAACUUCGGAGCCUCAGACUACCGCUACUCUCACGGCACAGCUGGGAGAUACGACUGGCUCAACCAAACAAUCUUUGGCUCACAAAAGACCUGGGUCAGCGGUCGACACAACAAAUCGACCACUCAAGAAAACGAAGUCUACGAUAGGUGCCAAAGAUCUCAAGGUCAAGGUGGCACCUGGUCAACGAACAUUACAAGGGUUCUUCAAGCCAAAAGCGCCAGUGGCUCACGACGGCAAGCCAGAGCGAGUGGCGGCAAGUUCUACGCCCUCUCCGACAAAGAAACCAAUAUUGCCAAAAACAGGGUCAGCUAGUCCACAGCAACCACCAAGUGCUUCACAAGCUAUGUUCACAGAAGGACCACCAUUGAGUAUAAGUCGAGGCGGGAACGAUCCCGAUUCUUCCGACAGAGUCUUUGACCCAAUAGAAGCCAAAGAGUCGUGGUCCAAGUUGCUGCGAAAGAGGGUUGCGCCAAGAUGCGAACACGACGAACCCUGCAUCAGCCUUACUACCAAAAAGCCAGGGGUCAAUUGUGGUACGUCUCACAACGGCAGCUGA